AUUCCGUGAAUGAGAACGAGGCUCCAAACGUGGCGGCGAUAAUUCUGUUGGAUAUCUUGGAUUUUGUGUCUGAAUAUUUCUACGAUUCUUGGUCCAAAGCGACUGAAAUAUUUUAGUAGAACAGUUUUAAUUAACACCCAUCGUUAGAAUGUCUUCUUCGGGAGAUUUUGGGAAUCCGUUACGAAAAUUCAAGCUGGUUUUCCUUGGUGAACAGAGCGUGGGAAAGACGUCACUUAUUACAAGGUUUAUGUAUGAUAGUUUUGAUAACACAUACCAGGCCACAAUUGGUAUAGAUUUUCUCUCAAAGACGAUGUAUUUGGAAGAUAGAACAGUUCGUCUUCAGCUGUGGGACACAGCGGGUCAGGAGAGAUUUAGGAGUUUAAUUCCUAGUUACAUAAGAGAUUCUACAGUAGCAGUUGUUGUUUACGAUAUUACAAAUGCGAAUUCUUUCCACCAGACAUCUAAAUGGAUUGAUGAUGUGCGAACAGAAAGAGGUAGUGAUGUUAUUAUAAUGUUAGUAGGAAAUAAAACAGAUUUAGCUGAUAAAAGACAAGUAUCCAUUGACGACGGUGAACGCAAAGCCAGAGAACUUAAUGUUAUGCACAUUGAAACUAGUGCCAAAUCAGGCUACAACGUUAAACAGUUAUUUCGCCGUGUAGCGGCAGCUUUACCAGGAAUGGAAAGUCAAGAACAAAAGAAAAACGAUCAAGACAUGAUCGAAGUAAAACUGAAAGAUACCCCACAAGAACCACAGCAACAAGAGGGUGGCUGUGCCUGCUAAGACCAGGUGCCCUGAUUGCUCAAUUGAUCAGUCAGUUGCAAAUGAAAAGACAGCCUGUUUGCUGUUUAUUGUGUCUUAUCUCAAAUAAUGUCGCUAUUUAAACAAAUUUGGCUUGUAGUAGAAUACCGAUGACAAUUCUGGUGUAUAAACAAUAUCUAUCAGCAGUUUAGAUGUACAGUACAGUUCUUGGUGACUCUGUAGCUCAUCAAUGUAAAUGAAUUAAUUGCCAAAGAUUUGGUGCCACAGGUUUCCUUAACAUUCACAUCUCUCCCAGUAUUUGAGACGCCUAUAAAACUAGAAAAGUUGCCUGAACCUCAGCAACAGGAAAGCAGUUGUUCCACCUGUUAAGUUACAUGACAAGUUUUGUCCUUGUCUCGACGGCAUGAAAGACACAGGGCUGCAGUGCAGUGUAACUCUGCAUAUCAGCCAUAUCUAUCCAUUCCUUGUUGUAUGGUCCAAUCCAGUCAUGUCAAUUUUCAUUUUUAUGAUCGAGUUCAAGUUGCAUUGCUGACAUGUUAUUCUAUUAAGAAAGUUCAAGUGAAAUUUUAAUUUUACACUACUGAGCAUGUUACUACACAUGUUCUGCUAAUGCAU